AUGCACGGACUUGAAGAUGGCUUAAAUGGUGCACGAGAGACGGGAUACUGUCGGGAUACUGUCGCUGAUGGCUGGACAAAAACAUCACACGCCAGUGCCGAUACGCCUCUGAAUCUGCGCAUCGGCCUGAAGCAGCUCAAUCUCGAACAGGCGGAGGAGCUUGUCAACGCCGUAUCACAUCCGCGAUCGGAAACAUAUGGCCAGUACUGGGCACCACAGCAGAUUCUAGAGAUGUUUGCACCGUCCAGUGAUGCUGUUUCUGACACAAUUGUCUGGUUACUUGAGGCAGGUGUCCCAAGAAGUAGCAUCGCGCUGAGUGCUGGGAAGAACUGGAUCAAAGUCGACACGACUGUUGGGGUUGCCGAGUCCCUGCUUGACACGACGUAUGGUGUAUACGAGAGUUCCGAGGAAGACUUUGAGCUUGUCGCCUGUGAAGCAUAUAGCGUUCCCGCGGAUGUUCGGCGCCAUAUUGACCUUGUGACGCCAACUAUACAGUUUGAUACUAGGGGAACUACUAUCCGCCAGCGUGUGAAGAAGAGAGAUGUGCUGUCACCAAACCCACGAAAGCUACCUGGUUGGCAUAAAAACCAUAAAGCCGAAUCACUGGAUAAUUGCAGAGAGAAAGAGGAGUCUGUGGAGGGAAAUAGCUACGGUAUCGUAGAGUAUGCGCCACAGAGUUAUAACCACGAAGACCUCAAUGGCUUCUUCAGCGUCUACGACAACGUCCCAAAUGACACAGCGCCAAUCCUCGAGCGGUUUGACGGCGGCUAUCUUUCCAAGGAAACCGGGUCUGGAACCCGCGGCAAGUCGAAUCUCGACCUCUGCGGCGGUGUAGUCUGGAACCUAGCAACUAACAACAACUUCCUCGACGCGAUAGAUGGCUCAUACUGCACCUUCGAGGGUGGCGAUAUCACCUGGGAUGCUACAUACCCGCACGAUGCCUCUUCACCCGACGCAUACACUGGCGAGCCUAAGUGUGGGACCCAGAACGCGACGCAUGUCAUCUCCGUCUCAUAUGGCCGCAACGAGGACGCGCGACCUGCAAGCUACACUGCCCGCAAAUGCACAGAGUACAUGAAGCUUACCCUGAUGGGUGCCACUAUCAUGUUUUCUUCCGGCGAUACUGGUGUUACCGGAAUUUCGGGCAGGUAUUUAAAUGAAGACGGCUCCUACACACCCCGCAGUCCCAACUAUGGAAGAUUCGCUCCCUGCGAGUUCCCUUCUAUCACUUCCAUUGUGACACUACGCUCCCCCGUGAACGGCACCAUCCACGACCGCGAAAUCGUCGCCACCAGGUCCUCCCCGGGCGGCGGCUUCAGCAACAUCUUUGCUCUGCCAUCAUACCAGGCCGAGACUGUGGCAUCCUACUACGGGCACCACGACCCCGGCUAUAACUUCUCGCAAUACAACAACAUGCAGCAGGUGCAUGGGUACCCGGAUGUAUCGCUCAAUGCACAAAGCUACAUCACUGGCAUCGUUGGCGGGUUUCAAGCUUUCACGGGCACGUCAGCAUCGUCGCCUACGUUUGGAGCCAUGAUCACGCUUAUCAAUGGUGCACGCAUUGCGGCUGGGACAGGCCCCGUGGGUUUCAUCAACCCAGUUCUUUAUGAGCACCGUGAGGAGAUCUUUAAUGAUGUGGUUGAAGGGCACACUUCUGGAUGUGGUACUGACGGGUUUACGGCGGUCGAAGGGUGGGAUCCGGCGAGUGGGCUUGGUACACCGGACUUUGUCAGGCUGAAGAAGGUGUUGAUGAGGCUGCCGUAG